GUGAGUCCGGUGUGUGUGUGUGUGUGUGUAUGAGAGAGAGGGACAGUGGUCUGUAUGUAAGCGUGUAUGUGUGUGUAUGUAUGUGCGGACCAGCUUACACGCGUUUACCAAGCGGCCGCUCACAACAUGGCGAUGAGGCGCCGAGAGACACGACGGCUCACCCCCGACUGACUAAACCGGGGGUCUCUGUUAUGCUGCCAGCCUGGAGACCUGUCUUCCCGGGACAUUUGGGAGGAAAUUAAGACUCUUAUGGAGGACAUUGUCCAAGAACGGGCUUCUCUGAGCUCAUGUAGCUCAGAUAGGAGCGAUUUACGGAUGAUCCGCUGCUGUUCCUCUCGGAUGAUGUCCAUGGCGCUGAAUACCUGGCUCUUGUGUCUGCUUUCUCUGGGCUGCUCUGGACUGACCGUUCAAGACCGUCCCGAGUCCCUCGAGCUGAGCUGCGGCGCUGGUCCGAUCGACGCGGUGUUAGAGCCUCGACGUCCUCUGCUCCUGGAGUGUCAUCUGGGAAGUUUCGAGCCUUUCCUCAACAUCACCUGGUUCCGGAACGGCGCGGCGCUGAGCGAGGGCGAGGCUGUGCGAGUCCUUCCUAACAGUUCAUUGCUGCUGCUGCCCUCCACUCACGACGGUCAGCCACCGGCGGGCGUAGAGGGCGACUACAGCUGUCUGAGCGGCAGCUCGUUCGGGACGCUCACCAGCCGGAGCGUCACUCUGCGACUGGCCCGGCUUUCUAACUUCCAUCGGGACCCUGAACCUCAGGUUGUGCCCACUGGUGGAACUGCCCGUUUUGAGUGCAGCAUAGACGGCCUACCCGCCCCCAGUAUAACCUGGGAGAAAGACCGCGUGCCACUCCCUGCACCCGCUGAAUCGGAAGAUACGCCAAGGUAUGUAACUCUUCCAAAUGGCAUCCUUCACAUUUUGGAGGUGACUGAGGAGGACCAGGGUUCGUAUCGCUGCGUUGCAUCCAACUCUGCUCACAAGCGCUACAGCCACGAUGCUUCACUCACAGUCACAUCAGGUCCUUCUGGAGAGAAUGAGGUGAUAAUCACAGCCCCGCCGCGAGACGUGACAGUGGUGUUAGGUCGGCCAGCGGUGCUGGAGUGUAUGGCUCAUGGUCAACCGAAACCUUUUGUGUCCUGGAGUAGGCAGGAUGGAAAACCCAUUUCCACAGAUGUACUGGUCCUGGCCACCAACCUUGUAAUCCCUCACUCGCUCAGUCACCAUGCAGGAGUGUACGUGUGCCGUGCUAACAAGCCCAAAACCCGUGAGUUUGUCUCUGCGUCCGCUCAGCUCACUGUACUGGCCUCCCCAGUGAUCGUACAGCCUCCGGAGUCAGCGUCUCUAUCUCGCGGUAACACCGCCAGGUUCGUAUGUGGCAGUCUGGCCUCCCCGGCCGCGUCUCUGCUCUGGUUGAAGGACGGAAAGCGUCUGCAAUGGACCGCUCGUGUAAAAACUCAGAGCCCCGGCGUGCUCCUCAUCAACCAGCUGCGCACGGAUGACGCCGGCUACUACCAGUGCCUCGCCUCUAACGGCCUGGGUACAGCCUGCGCUACUGCCAAGCUGUCGGUCAUCGUAAGGGCGGGGGUUCCCAGCCCUCCUGUUCACCUCCAAGCUGCGCCCCUCUCCGGCACCUCGGUACUGCUUACGUGGGAACCACCGGAACACAACCGCGAGCAGGUCAUUGGCUUCUCCAUCCACUACCAGCAUGCUACAGCAGGGCUGGACAACAUAGAGUAUCAGUUUGCCGUGAACAACGACACCACGGAGUUCCACGUGAAGGAGCUGCAGCCUCACACUGCCUACAACUUUUACAUGGUGGCUUAUUCACCCAUGGGCGCCAGCCACCCAUCUCAGUCUGUCACUGUGGAAAUGCUGGAGGACGUAGACGAGGUGCUCUCGGUGGAAGUGGGAGGCAACGGAACCGAGGCAGCACCGAGAGACCUGAAGCCGAAUCACACGUACGAGCUGCGGAUGGCGGCAGGGACGCGUCCAGGGUUUGGUGAGCCAUCAGAGUGGGCCGUAGACCAAAAGCCCAACCUUACCAAGGGACUCUUUGCACCCACAGAGCUCCAAGUGAGAGCUAAAGUCCAUUCUCUCCAUGUCACAUGGCAGCCACCGCCCAAUCACACACAGUUCACCAGCUACAAACUCUCAUAUCAAGAGGUCGACGGGGAUGAAACAGCCAAUGAGGAGAGUCCUGCCGGCGCUGUCCAGCAGAUCAGACUACGGAAGCGAGUCAGGCAUUAUGAGAUUACAGGACUGGCUCCUGAUCGCCUGUACGAAGUAAGAGUCUGGGCGUGUAAUAAGACGAACGAAGGCUAUCCUGCCAUGUGGAAGGGUCGGACAGAGAAGUUGUCUGAUCGAGCAUGGCCACAAGACCACCUUCUCCCUUUGCCUCCUAGCAGUGUAAAAGCCUGGGCCAAUAGCUCUACCUCAAUUUGGCUGCGAUGGGAGAAGCCCAUGUUCAGUAACUCUCAUGUAAUUACCUACACGAUCCGAUGCAGCCCGUCUGGCACCCGUAACGCCUCCCUCGUCUCUUACUACACCAGCACCUCUCAGGAGAUCCUGUUAGGGGCCUUGAAGCCCUUCACCCGCUAUGAGCUGGCUGUUCAAUCCAACAGCGUCAGCAUGGUCGGCCCCUUCAGCAGCACGGUGGAGGAGUCCACUCUGGCCGACAGACCCUCUUCCCCACCUACAAACCUACACUUGAGCGCCAUAGACUCAUUCUCUGUGUUCGUAAGCUGGCGCCCCCCUCUGGAGCCCAAUGGCAUCAUCGUGAGCUACCGGAUGCUCUAUAGUGACAAUCUUAGUCAGCCUGAUAACCUGUGGACCAACCUGAGCCAUGACGGCUCAAUCACUAAUACCGAGGUUCUGGAUUUGAUGAGCGGGACGCACUACUAUUUUAAAAUAGGGGCGUGCACCGAGGUCGGAGUGGGGCCUUUUUCAUCCAUAAAGGACGUCUACACACCUCCUAAACAAUACGAGUUGGACAUUCAUGCUGUUACCGGGAUCAUUGUUGGUGUGUGUCUCGGGCUUCUCUGCAUCCUGCUUUGCAUGUGUGCGAGUUUCCGCAACGGAAAAAGCCGUGAGGUUUCUGGAGGGUUGGAAGCCACCGUGUUGAACCCUCAGUAUCGUAGGAACGCCCACCCCGUGUCUGUCGACGUCCCUGAGUGCUCUGACUCCCAUGAGCUGGAAACCUUGAUGCCUCCUGGAGCCCAGGACCCUGUUCUGACCCAUAAGGAAUUGAAUGAGCAGCAAAACCUUAUGGUUAGUGUAGGCGGGGUUAACGAUGCACCAGCAGAACCCAAGACAAACUGGAACGGUUCUAUCAGUCGGGACUGGGCCAACAGGAUCAGCAUGUACAGAGAGACAAUCUCAGAAAGCUCACCGUGUCUUACUAAUGGACUCCGGGACACCAAGGAGUAUAAGAACCGUAAUCAGGAGCGUCAGCAGUCGUUCGGCUCUAAUCAGGUGGAGGCCGAAGUGAUCGUGCACUCGGAACUGUCGGAUCCACUGAAGCAGCCGGAGCUUCAGAGUGAAACCGAUCUUUCCUUAAAGUCUCCAGCCUGUGAGUCUAUUUACCGAGAGGAAGCUUUACAACCAUCGCCAUCCUCAUCCGAGCCUGCCACUCAAAUCCAGCCUCUGUCUUCGAUUGCCAGUCCCAACGGACCUCUGAAAAAAAACGGCCCGAUCCAGCGGACUACGGGAGGGGUGAAGGAGCAGGGCGUGGGAUUAUCCCUCGAGCAUCUCUGGACUGACCAGCCAGGUCUAGAGAAAAGAGAUCACAGACUCCGCUCGUCCAGGAAAGCUCUUUCCCAAAUAGGUCUCCCGCCCUCCCCUCCGACCUUCGCCAGGUCUGGGCUGGUUCACUCUACCUCAAGCGCACAUGGCUACCUGUGCUCUUAAGCAUUAACGGAGGAUGAGGACCACCAUGGCAAUAUUCCGUUCUUGUUUUAUAAGUGUAUUCAUAGAGAAUAUUUUUUUAGCUCUAGGAACCAUGGGUAUGCAUAUUAAUGCAUUUAAGUGAAGGGUUUUUCGGCUUAUGUGCGUGUAUGUAUUGAUUUAAUAUACAUACAUGCACAUUUAAUGUAUAUAAACUGUAGUACAUGCACUUACUGGUCACUUUAUAAGGAUAAGGUCCGUCUGCUUGCGUCCAGUUUAUAAGCUACACCUACCUACCUACACCAGGCAAUUAUUAAAUAUUCAGUUACUGACUGUCAGACAUCCCAAGUUGCAAAAACUCAUUUCAGGGAGGUACCCCCAGACCUGGACCUCGACACCGACCCCCCAAGCCCCAAAAAAAAAAAAAAAAAAAAAAAAAAAAACUCUCGCAAACACCAAAGGAUAUGGGUGAUAACAGAACUUUUAGGAGCUGCUAACUGAGCUACUAAGCUAACUGUUCGCGUCACAAACACAUUAAUGUGUACUACAUAGUGCACUAGAUAGUGUGAAAGAUAAUAGAUUUAUGUUCCCUACAUAGUGCACUAGAUAGUGUGAAAGAUAAUAGAUUUAUGUUCCCUACAUAGUGCACUAGAUAGUGUGAAAGAUAAUAGAUUUAUGUUCCCUACAUAGUACACUAGAUUGUAUAUUAGAAAAUAAUUUAUGUUCCUUACUUAGUGCACUAGAUAGUGUACUAGAUAAUAGACUUAUGUUUCUUACAUAAUGCUUUAGGUAGUGAGUUAGUUAACGGAUUUAGGUUCCCUACAUAGUGCACUAAAUUGUAUAUCAGAUCACUGAUUUAUGUUCCCUACAUAGUGCACUAAAUUGUAUAUCAGAUCACAGAUUUAGGUUCCCUACAUAGUGGACUAAAUUGUAUAUCAGAUCACGGAUUUAUGUUCCCUACAUAGUGCACUAAAUUGUAUAUCAGAUCACAGAUUUAGGUUCCCUACAUAGUGCACUAAAUUUUAUAUCAGAUCACGGAUUUAGGUUCCCUACAUAGUGCACUAGAUAGUAUUUUAGAUAUGAAUUUAUGUUCCCUACGUAGUGCCGUAGAUAGUGAAUUAGACAAUUGGUUUAUGUUUCCUACAUAGUGCACUAGAGAGUGUAUUAGAUAACGCAUUCAUGUUCAGUACAUAGUGCACUAGAAAGUAUAACUAGAUGAUGAUUUAUGUUCCCUACAUAGUGCACUAGAAAGUAUAAACUAGAUGAUGAUUUAUGUUCCCUACAUAGUGCACUAGAUAGUGUAUUAGAUAACGCAUUCAUGUUCACUACAUAGUGCACUAGAAAGUAUAACUAGAUGAUGAUUUAUGUUCCCUACAUAGUGCACUAGAUAGUGUAUUAGAUAACGCAUUCAUGUUCAGUACAUAGUGCACCAGAUAGUGUAUUACAUAAUUAAUUAUGUUCCCUACUUAGUGCACUAGACAGUAUAUUAGACAAUUGAUUUAUGUUCCCUACACAGUGCGCUAAAUUGUAUAUCAGAUAACGGAGUUAAUACGUGAUCGGGAAAAAAAGUCAGUGUCGCCUGCGUGCGCGUGUGUGUGCGCGCGCUCUUGGCCGCUCGUUCUAGAUUCCGGGAGAUUUUAUCUGACUUGCGGGGCAUCAGGGAGCCGCUAUGUAUAUGCGGGAGACUCCCGGAACUUCCGGGACACUUGGGACGUCUGGACUGUUGUCCAUGUGGUGCUUUAUGCUCUUAGUUAUUCCAUAUAUUCAAAUAAAUGAAUGCCAAUAUUACCACCCAUUGACCAGAUGUUAAUCAGAUGGUGGACCAUUCUAAGCACUGCGAUGAGAGGCGUCUGAGCAUAUUUUGGGUUGGUUGGCUGGUUUGCCAGUACAACACAGUACCAUGUUCUCACUGUGUUGCAGUGUUGCUGUGUCAGUGCCAUAUGUAAGGCUCUAAAGUGCGGUAGGUGUAGCUCAUUCUCUACAAUGGCCUAAAAAACCUAGGCGUUCCUAAUAAAGUGGCUGGUAAAUGUACACUCUCUAUAAUGGAGUUUUAUAACUCUAAAAAGUGAAAUCUGACUGUGUGUAUAAAAAAAGCUAAUUAAAAUGUACUAAUCUGUGA